CUGCGGAGCACGCUGACCGGCGGCUCGCACAUGCGCGAGCUGCUGCAGGGACAAUCUGGUGCUGAAGCCGCCACCGUUGCUUCCGCUACGCCGUUGGCCGUCGCUCAGGGGGAGCGUGCCUGCAGCAGCAGUCGAGUGUCUCAGUCGCUACAGUCAGCAUGACGUCGCUCGCUCGAAACACGAAUAAAUUGGGCCAAUAUGGGCGCAAUCGCUCGCAGCGGGUCUGUUUCCAACCAGCCGCCGUGGCUUGUCUCCACAUGGGCCAACACCGUGGUAGAGUGCGCUUGCGCUUGCCGAGGCUACUCACUACUCCGGAUACAGCAGGAAAGCCAAGAGCAGUAUCAUGUUGCGCCCUUUGCAGCCACGCGCUCUGCAGUCGUUCAAACUCCUCAGCUAUACCACCCGGCAAUCGAUAUCCUCCACCAUGGUACAGCAACGCAUUGCAAACCCCGCUCUCUUUGUCUGUGACCUGCAGGAAAAGUUCCGGCCCGCAAUACACGAAUUUCCCAAAGUCGUAGCGACCACACAGAAGCUUCUAAAAGCCAGCCAAGUCUUGAACAUUCCAGUCUUUGCAACGACACAGAACAAAGGUCGACUUGGAGAAACAUGCCCUGAGCUCCAGCUCGAUGCGCCAGAAGGCGUGCAGACUCGCGUCCACGCGGACAAGACGCUCUUCUCAAUGAUUACUCCAGAGGUCCAGAAAGCCCUCGACCCUCUUCGUGCGAACGGACCCAUCUCCGCCAUCAUUGUUGGCAUCGAGAGUCACAUAUGCGUGACACAGACGACCAUCGAUCUUCUACGCGCUGGCCACAAAGUCUACGUCAUUGCCGAUGGCGUAAGUAGCUGCAAUAAGGAGGAGGUUCCUGUUGCGCUCGCGAGGCUCAGGCAUGAGGGUGCAAUCGUAACGACAAGCGAGAGCUUUAUAUACGAGGCCGUUGGGGAUGCGGGAACUCCAGAGUUCAAACAGAUCAUCAAAAUUGUCAAAGAUACAUCGGCAAGCACUAGAGAGACAUUGCAAACGUUGUGCAAAAUCUAAGAACCUUGUUGCUCCGAGAAUGAAGUACCAUCUUCCACCUCGCGA